AAUUUUUUCAUCAUAAUUUCACAUUUAUGUGUAAAUUUUUCAGUUUUGAUGAAAUUAGGUUAAAAUUUUACAUUUCCUUCAAGUUAAUUGCUCGAAAUUUAAAUUUAAAUCACACUUAUUUGUUUAUUUUUAUUUUUAACUACAACUAUAGGGAUUAGCUUUCAACCUAAAAUAAAGUAUUGAUGUAGCUAAAAAUUGGUAGUUGAUUCCGAAAACAAGUCUAGGCUCGUUGUAAUAUUCAAAAUCAGGUUCGGAUAGCUUUCUCACCUUGGCUUCGGAAAGCCGUUGGUAACCGAACCUCACUCCGAACAUACAUACUUUGCCACUUUGCUUUGCUUUCCUCUUUGUUUUCCCUUCCUUUCUUCUCUCUCUCUGUUUGCUCAGAAGAACCCAACUUUUUGCUUCACAGCGACAAAAGAAAUAAAUAAAAUUAGGGUUUUAUUCGAUCUUUACUCUUCAGCCAUUUGAUUAGUUUCCCUCCCAGAUUUCAAAAAGUAUAGCCAUUUGUGCUUUUUUAAAAACUCUACUUUGCGGUCUUUUAAUCCUCUGCAAUUCACUUGCUUGUUUGUUUAAUUUCCCAAUUCCCAUCUGGGUUCUUUUCAAUUGAAGUGCUUUGUCUCUUAAAAAUCUCUGUUUUUCAUGUUUGGACCACAUUUCUUGAAAACCCAAUUGUGAUUGUUGAAGUUAAACUAGGGUUUCAAACGUAAGAAGUGAGAGAAUGGCCAAGAGAUCUUCUUUGGGUAGCAUGAUGCGGAAGAAGCUAACCGACAUCACUAAUUUGCAGACUGCGAAAGCUAUUAGCAAAGAUGAAAAGCCCCCAGAAGAUUGUCCUACUGAUAAGGACUACAUUGACCAGCUCAUGAGGGAAAGAAUGACUUUGAUGAGACUUGUCUCGGAAAGGAAUAAAAUCGUUGAAUUAAGUGGAGCUGAGUUGCAGAAACUGCGGAUUAGUCUUCAGAAAUUGCAGCAACAAAAUUUGAAUCUUGCUCAAUCAAACAGCCGGAUGUUAGCGGAGCUUAAUUUAGGAAGAGAAAAGGUAAAAACACUACAGCAUGAACUUCUUUGCAAGGAUGCCUUACUUAAAGCAAAGAAUCUAGAAAUAGAGGUAAAAGCAGAGAAAUGUCAAAAUACUGAGUCUCAGCUCAAGGAAGUAGAUGAGGCAGCUUUGCAUAAAGCUGAUAAUGAUGGUGAACCAUGUAAUGACAACAAAAGACGUGUCACAAGAAGUCGAUCAAUGGGGCCGUCUACUGCAUGCCCAAAGGUUGAGAAUAAAGAGAAGGUUGAAAAUAAAAGGCGAUGUUUGAGGAGGCAAUCUGCUAGGUUUAGGUCCCAGACAGAGAACUUAUUUGAGAUAGAGGAUGUCAAAUUUCCAGUCAGUCGCACACCAGACAAAAUGCAUAAUAGUGGUCCCACUCCAUUGAUUUCAUGUGCCAGUAAAGAAGAGAAAGAAAACUGUGCCCCAAGGAGAUCUUCAGUUGGAAGACGACCACGCAAAGCAGCUGAGAAGGUUCAUUCCUACAAAGAAGUUCCUCUCAAUGUAAAAUUGCGUAGAGCAGAGUGAGCAGAAGAGCAGCAUCUGAAUUUUGAGAAUACCAGUGAGUUGAAAAGAGCUUGUAUAAUUCAAAAAAAUAACAAAUAUAAAAGAGCUUGUACAACUAGACCAAUAUAUCCACAUCUUUAUGUAUCUUUUAACUUGUGGUGUUGCCAAUGGAAGGGCCUUAACUUGCAUAUUAAUGGUUUCAAGUUCGAACCCACAUGGCAUCAUGAUAGUGUGUGUGUGUGUGUGUGUGAAACCCUCCUCCCUCAUGUAGUUUAGACUAUCACUUGUAUUCCAAAAAAAUAAACUUGUGGUAUUGUUCAUUGUGAUGUCGUUAUUUUAUUCCAGUGUGGUGAUUAAUAUGUAAGCAACAUUCAGUUUUUCUAAUGGGAAAAAAAGAUUUUAUUAUCA